UGACUAAUAACCACCAUUGAACGGGCAUCAUCUCGAUUGAAAGCUGUAACUGUAAGAGCUGCAAUUUUCCAAGGAAAUAAGCAAAAGUUUGCUGAUCCAACCAUAAUGGAGGUUGAAAUUCUGGAUAUCAGAAGCCGAAGGGUCUUACACACCCUGAGUGAAUUGACUCCUUCGUCAACAAUUGCUGAUAUCAAGAAUGCAUAUCACAAGAAAUUUCCCAAGUUUUAUCCUGAGAGGCAAUCAUUCCGCCUUGAGCCAAAGGGAAAGUCAUUAAAGGAUGAAGAAACUUUGGGCUCCUUGGAGAUUAACAAUGGAGGCAAAUUGUACUUCAAAGAUCUAGGUCCACAAAUUAGUUGGACAACGGUAUUUUUAGUGGAAUAUGCUGGUCCACUAAUUGUCUACAUGCUUCUCUAUCUGCGACCUGCUAUUGUUUAUGGAGCUGGUGCAGCUAACAAGCCCUAUGCCCCUGUUGUACAUAUAGCAGCUGCUUGUUGGUCAGGACAUUAUGCAAAACGUUUGUUAGAGACACUUUUUAUUCACCGGUUUUCCAAAGCAACCAUGCCAUUGUUCAACAUUUUUAAGAACUCUGGUUACUAUUGGGGAUAUGGUGCCUUGGUUGGUUAUUUUGUGAAUCAUCCAUUGUAUACAUCACCAAUGUUUGGGGAUGCCCAGAUUUAUACUGGACUAGCUAUGUUCCUGUUCAAUGAGUAUGGAAAUUUUGUCAUCCAUUGUGCAUUGAGGGAUUUGAGGCCUGCAGGCACUAGAGAGAGGAAAAUUCCCUUCCCAACCUCCAACCCCUUCACCAAGCUGUUCAGAUUCGUCUCCUGUCCAAACUAUACUUACGAGGUUGGUGCUUGGACGUCAUUUGCUGUGAUGACUCAGACCUUGUCAGUUGUCCUUUUCCUCUUGGCCGGAUUCUAUCAGAUGUCCGUCUGGGCUAUUGGCAAACAUCGAAACUAUCGAAAAGAAUUUAAAGAUUAUCCUAAAGGACGAAAGGCAAUUUUACCUUUUCUGCUAUAAACAUCUGGAGGGAACUGUUCCCUCGAAAGAGAUGAACAACCGUCAUGUUGGGAUUUAUUUAGUGAGAAACCAAAGAUAGAAGAUUUCAUUCCUGAUAGUUACCACAAACUUAAGGAAAUUUUCCUUAUUACAUCAUUACCUUUUAAAGAAGGAAUAAGAGAGAAGAGAAAAUUUCUAACUUGGGGAUAUUAUGUGAUUUAACUAUAAGUUCUCAGAACUGAAAUUUUAAGAAACAGUAAGGGAGAGUUACUAUUUAGUUCUAGGGGUGAAAAGGUUAUGUGUAAUUCGAUGUAAUGCGUCAAGACUUUGCCGAUGAGAACUUGCAAACUUUGCAAUUUUAUUUGUUCGUGUGUGUUAUAUCUCUCUGAAUAAGUAAGUGCUAUAAUUUUUUUCCCCUUAAACUACUGAUUUUUCGGUGAAAUUUUGGUGAUACCCGAGUGAUGAAUAUUAAAUUAUGUGACAAAUG